CACAGACAGGCUGCGCGCUCACACAGACAGGCUGCGCGCUCACACAGACAUAUCAGCGAGAUUUCAGAGCCGGAUAUUAUCUAACGUGGCCAGACAUUCACCGGUUGCCCUUCAGAGAGGUCUCCAAUGGCCGAAAACCCUCCUGUGUGGCUGUGACAGAAGGGACACACACACACACACACACACACACACACACACACACACACACACAGGAAACGUCAUCAACAUUUUCCCGUAGUUAAAUGGUCGAGACCGAGUAGGUCACCGGCGAGAAAAGGAGGAUUAAAAAAAAACGGUAGGUCCAUUUCCUUUUCUCUGAUUAGAUAUCACGAGAGCGGAAGGGCAUCGCGUUAUUAUCAUCAUCAUGAUCAUCAUCAUCAUCACAAUGAUCCAUUUGGUGUAAGGUGUACUGGUUAGUGUUUAGCACGAUAUUUGCGUUUCGGUUUAAAUGAUAUUUGUCUUCGUCUGGACCAUAAAACGAUGCAGUGGAUGAAAUUUCGUCCACACGGUUUACUUCCUGCACAUAUGCUGUAGAUUGGAAUAAAGGUUUUGUCAAAUGCAUUGAGCUUUUUAUUCUAAUAACAUCAGGAAGCAGAUCAGAUGCUUUCUACAGAUAUUCAAAGAACUAGAAGGAUUCUUUUAAAAUAAGGAACCAACAUAUACUGGAUUAGGCUUUCUAAAUGGGGGAUUACAGUUUUGGAGUCCUGGUUAAAAACAACACAUCUAACAAAGCAGUUUUCCCAGUCAGAAUCCACCCGCACCUGCAACAUCCGGUCCACCAGCCAUCAAGCCCACCUGCUUUCAUAAACAAUACUCCGAGCAGCGGUGGGAAUGCAGGAUCGACUUGGCUUUUUCCUGCCGUAACAGCCCAUGCUAAUACGCAAGAUGAGAUACUGGAGUCUGACAAAUCUAAGGCCCAACAGCAGCAACAAGAAGACCAAGAAGGACAGGAAAAGCGACCUCGGACGCCUCAGGGCCACCAAGAGACUGUGAACAUCAUGUCUGAACUGGAAAACUCCAUGCCAGAGGAAGGUCAGCUGGACAAGGGGGCUGUAGAAAAUGGCAAUGGAAAAGAAGGUCUCCGGAUUGAAUCACCUGUGUUAUCUGGGUUUGACUACCAAGAACCAGCUGGCAUUGGGACGUUGGCACAUUCCAGUAGCUCCUCUUUGCCUGGCUUCAGCAGCUGGUCCACGGCUAUUCCCGCCAACCCUUCUGCCAUGAUGGAAGAGGUGGGUUUCUUUAGCCAAACUGCCACCACUGCUAAUGCUGCCCCUCCAUUGCUGUUCCAAAACUUCUCUCAUCAUGCAAGUCCUGGGUUUGGGGGGAGUUUUUCCCAUCAGAUCGGACCACUAUCCCAGCACCAUCCUCCUCCUCCUCACUUCCAGCACCCCCACAAUCAGCACCAGCAGAAUCGCAGGUCCCCUGCCAGUCCACAUCCUCCUCCAUUUAACCACCGCAAUGCUGCGUUCAGCCAGCUCUCUCAUUUGGGGAAUAACCUAAAUAAACCACCUUCACCAUGGGGAAAUUAUCAGAGUCAAUCCUCUACCCUUUCCUCCAACUCGUGGAGUCCAGGUGGAGGUUAUGGAGGGUGGGGAGGAUCUCAGGGGCGAGAAUACAGGCGAGGCCUGAAUGGAGGCAUGACUGCAAUUAACUCCAUUUCACCCCUAAAGAAAUCCUUCCCAAACAACCAGGCUUCUUCACAGAAGUAUGCCCGUAACAGCUCAAGCUUCAACCCCAAGCCAUGGAUGGAGGACAGCAUAAACCGCAAUGACAGCUUCUUUCCUUUUCAGGAGCGCAGUCAGUCCUUUGAUGGCUUCAGCAUGCACUCUCUGGAGAACUCACUGAUUGACAUUAUGAGAGCUGAGCAGGAUUCUUUGAAAGGUCGCUUUGGCUUUUCCCAUCCACCUGAAGAAGGCUCUCUCUCUGGAAAUGCAAGGAAUUAUGGAAGACGACGAGGUCCUUCGUCCCUGUUCCCUAUGGAGGACGAGCGCAGUUUUGGGGAUGAUGAGCGGUCUGAGCAGAGUCUAGGUGGUCUGGGUUCCACACACUGCUUUCCUCAUCAGAACGGCGAACGUAUCGAGCGAUUCUCUCGCAAAGUGUUUGUUGGUGGACUACCUCCAGAUAUAGACGAAGAUGAAAUCACUGCUAGUUUCCGUCGCUUUGGACACUUGUUUGUGGAUUGGCCUCACAAAGCAGAGAGCAAGUCCUACUUUCCACCCAAAGGUUAUGCGUUUCUACUAUUUCAAGAGGAGAGCUCAGUUCAGGCACUAAUCGAUGCCUGUAUGGAGGAGGAAGGGAAACUCUACCUGUGUGUGUCGAGCCCUACCAUCAAAGAUAAGCCUGUACAAAUCCGUCCAUGGAAUCUGAACGACAGUGAUUUUGUGAUGGAUGGCUCUCAGCCUCUGGACCCCAGGAAAACCAUCUUCGUUGGAGGAGUGCCACGACCUCUUCGAGCAGUGGAGCUGGCGAUGAUAAUGGACAGGCUGUAUGGAGGGGUGUGUUAUGCUGGCAUUGACACUGACCCUGAGCUGAAAUAUCCUAAGGGAGCCGGACGCGUGGCCUUCUCCAACCAGCAGAGCUACAUCGCUGCUAUCAGCGCUCGAUUUGUGCAGCUGCAGCAUGGCGAAAUUGAUAAACGGGUGGAAGUGAAGCCAUAUGUUCUGGAUGACCAGCUGUGUGAUGAGUGCCAGGGCACACGCUGUGGGGGCAAGUUUGCACCCUUCUUCUGUGCCAAUGUCACCUGUCUGCAGUACUACUGUGAAUACUGCUGGGCAGCCAUACAUUCGCGUGCAGGGCGAGAGUUCCACAAGCCCUUGGUGAAGGAGGGAGGAGACCGGCCUCGCCAUAUCUCCUUCCGCUGGAACUGACCCAGCACACAGGAUGACUGACCUAGCAUACAUGCACUUUUUCUUUUUUUGUUACAUUCUUUCUAUUUAGAUUUUUUUUUUAAAGUUUAAAAAAUAAUUUAUUCUAAGUUUUUAAUUUUUGGAAAAAUGAUGAUAAAAGAAGCUUUUUUUUUUUUUUUUUUUUUUUGCCGGACCGCCAAAUAGGUCGGCCAAGAAUAGUAAAUAUCCCUACUUGACUGAAUGACUGACUAAUUGAUUCCUUAUUGUUGAAUCACACAUGCAAAAAAAUCUUGAAUGAUUUUAAUGCAGUGUAAAUGACGAUUUUUGAGGUCACAUGCAAGACAAUAGUUUAAAAACUGAAAACACUGAAUGCAGCAAUAAAUGGCUGCCGUACAUUGGUUCUCUGCUAUUCACAGGCAGACACUUACAGUAUACAGACACCUAAACUGAUCGAUCACAUCCAAGAAUGAUUAUUUUCUUUGACAUUUGUUAACUUAUAACCAACAGGGCCGAGUUUACACUUAAAAAUGAACAUAUCAUAUAUCUCUGUCACAUUAGAUAUUAUGAAAUAGAGUCCAACUUAUUUGUCCAGAUUAAAUUUGUUCCUUUCACCACUGUAUAGCCAUGGUGAUAUGCUUAGCAUAAUGAUUUUGGUACAUUUGUGCAACAUAGCUAAUAAAAGCUAUCUUGUUAGAAAGAAAAACACUAGAAACCUGGAAUAGGCCAAGCAAAAUGCUACAUACCAGGAAUAUGGGAUCUAUAUUUCUAUAGUUCCAUUAUCUACAUUUUAUGUAACAUACAUUUAAGAUAUUUAAGUCAGAAAUCUUUACAUUAUGUGUCAUUGACAUUCAACAUGACGGAAGAGAGAGGUCACCUGGAACCUGCAUGAAUAAAUUGGCCAGGGAAUCACCCUGUUGGCUGCAUUUGCGGUCCGGCUAACCUAGAUUAAUGAAGUUUUAAUUCAAUGAACGUCUUAAUUUGGUGUGCAUGAAAACUUGAAUGCUUUAGAAUUAGUCACUAUAGGUGUUUAGAGUGACGCCUCUAAACUGCUGUCUUACUUUUAUCAUACUACUGUUGAGACCUUGCCUUUUUGUUGUGAUGGGUUGCAUUAGGCACAUGGACAGAACUACAUGUUAAAACGUAGUUGACUUGGUAGAGAAAUGAGGCAGGAUCUUUAAAGGUGCACAUUUCACUGUAAUUAAAAAAAAAUUAAAUAUGGUGUUGACUAGUUUUGAGACCGUAAGCUCAAAUAGUUGCACAAAUAAACACGUAGUAACUAUUCUAGCAAGAAACACUCGGACCUUACUAGCAAGAGACCAAACCUACUGUAAAACUAACAAGAUGCAGGUUUUUAAAAGGCUCUUUGAGCAUCACUGGCAUGUUUAGGUGGAAUUGCGUUGGCCACUGAGGCAGACAUACUGCUAAUAGUCUACAUAAUUAUGCAUAUUAAUUUUUGCUCACUGCAGGCACUUGCAAUCACUUUAACAUCAUCUUGGAUUUUACUCACAUGAUGGGCUCAGUAUAUGUCUAAAGAUCUCAAGGAGUAAGCACACUUUUGUGUCGCCUGUUCCGCAAGUCAGACUGACCAAAGAUAAGCCUUAGAGAUAACAAAUGUCUUCACCUCCCUGAAAUUACUGUUGUGUAAAAUAAGUAGGGCAGACUAGUAUUCAUGUCAUGUGAUUUAAAAAAAAACA